AGCGCAGAGUGCAUCUCGGUUCAACCUGCAGUUGCACAGCGAUUUGCCAUCCUUGUCCUUCGAGGUCGUGCGCGCGAAUUAUCCUAGAGACCAGUUCCGCAGCAGGGCCGAAUUGUUCUGUAGCUGUUCCGAAUCUGUGUUGAUUAUUUUAGCACUUGUUUAAACGAAUGCAGUAGAAAAAAAAGUUUAGAGCUACAUACUGUGUCAGAUACAGCAGCUAAAGUCGAAAAGCAUAACCGAUCCAAUUCGAUUGUUGUUUUUGUUGUGCGUUUGUCGAAUCUGGCAUUUGUUUUCUAACUAAAUCUGGCGGAAAGAACAACACUUCCCUUCAGCCUCUAGAGUUUUGUUUUGAUCGAACCGAAAACCAGAAGAAAUUUAUUUAAAUUAAAGCCACAAGAAAUGGCCGACAAGAAAGGAUCCGGUGUUCCGCCCCCCGUAUCGGCACCAGCUUUCACUCAGGCACCACCUCCACCCCAACCCAACCCACCUGUUCCUGCUCCGCAUCCAUAUGGAGCGAUGGUGCCCGGAGUUCCGGGGGCGGCUCCUUACAUGAUCCCUGGGCAAGCCCAGCUCUAUCCGCAAGGACCACCCCCCACGUAUGACCAGGCGUUGACACACCCUGCUAUAGUUGGGCAACCGAUGUAUCCUCCAGGAGCUACGUACAUGGCUGGAUAUCCGACUUAUCUGGGGUAUCCGACAUACGCUCCUAUGCAGUACUACCCAACGAUCGGCGCCUACUCGUACGCCAUGCAGCCGGCCCAGCUGAGGCCUACGAUCAUGAUUCCCAACGGUUAUGACGGCGGUGCUCGCUUCGACGGCAUCGCCCAACCGGUGCUGCCGCCGGCACCUCCAGGUGUCCCGCCGUCUGCUGCACAAAUCGCCGCCAUGGCUGGUCAUCAUGUGGCACUAGGUCAGAAGAAAGGCUCCUUCUUGGCCGGCAGCUCAGACGGCGGUUAUACCUUCUGGUAGAUACAGUCGACAACAAUCAUUUAGCAAUAAUCUAGCCACACGUGGGUUAUUUUUAUGAUUAUUAUUAAUACUACGUUGAAUUCAUUUCUGUGCAUUUCGAUUCCAAGCAUUUUAAAGAAAUGUUUUAGUUUCGUUCAUCAUUUAUACAAUUGUUUAUUUUUUUUUGGCGCCCAAUACGCUAUCUAUUCUGUUAACUGUUAAAACUAGUCAAUUUAAUUAAAUAC